AUGAAUGCGCAAGAAGAAAAAGAGAUGAAUGUUUCAGAGGCUUUUAACGACUGGGCAACCUCACGGGAAGGCAGCAAAGAGAACGUCGCAUCGAUGAAAGGCAUGGACGUUUCACUCCAGUCGCGAGACAAACUGGACGAAAAACAUGACGUUCCGCAAUCUAACAGUGUUCAAUACGUAGCUGAACAUACUUCAGAUGAAAAGAAACCACGUGGCCUCAAAGCUAGAAGCUUGGAUGAGGAGUUCACAAAAAUACACGAAAAGGAACAGCGUGGUCUCAAAGCUAGAAGCUUAGAUGAGGAGAACAUAAGGCGAUACGAUACUUCGAUCAGAGAUCAAAGCGUGGAUGACGUCGUUUCGGAAGUGCACGAAAGAAAGAUUGAAAACACUCAUGAGUCGCUCCAAGAAAAUCGGCUGGCACUGGAACAAGACGAAGUUGCAACCAUGGACUUCUCUGAUGAAGACGAUCGCUCUUUAGAAGACAUGAGAGCGCACGAACACGUCGUCUCUGUGGACGUUCAUGAAAUACCGCUCCUUUAUAAGUCAGACGACAUAGGAAAUGCCGAAACCGCUAAAGAAGAUGCACGCGAGAAAACCGUCUUGGGUAGAACUAGUUCUGCAGUGACGACUACGGAUGUAGCCUGCAACGAAGGCACAAAUGGUGUUGAAAAAACAAAUCUCAGUCACCUGGGCGUAGGAGUUCCAGUUGAACAGGCUGAAGUCGGUACCGAAGGACCCAGUGCCAUCACCACUAAGGACCAUGUCGACAGUGCAGAUGCGGAAGGCUUAUCUGAUAAACUGCAACAGAAUAUCGGAGUGAUAAAAACGGCAGUGAUGGUGCAUGACGAAACAAAACUAGAAGCUCUAGAGUGCAGCGAAGACCUUCUGCAAAGUGUGGCCACAGAGGCCGACUUUCCUAGCGACAUUUACGAACACGCUGAUGAUGACACUGACGCUGGGAUUGGAGAAGUCAACGGUGAACAACCAGCAACAGACCUACCAGCAGCGUCAGAUGAUGCUUCGAGUGUACGCCGAGAUCAGCGAGUAUUCCACUGAAGAGCGCGAAGGUCCUGACCAAGUGGAUACAUCGAACCAAGCUGAACAGCGUGAUGAGGACACAGAAGUACCGCACAGGAGGUCGUCCAGUGACGCCGUCGAAGAUACCAUAGUACCGGAACACAUUCAAAGCCCAUCUAACAAGUCAAGCACCGAAAGCGAGUCAGUGUCUGAAAAACAAGACAUCGGGGCAAACGGUGCUUUGAAAUGUGCCGUAGAAGAUUUUUCUAAGUUGAUUUCGUCAGACGGCAGUGACUUCCAGGCAUCCAAGAGAAAAGGUGACGAGAACGGUAGAAUUCUUGACGCAGAUGUCAUCGCGGAAGAGUCCGAGGAUAACGUGGUUCCAGAAGUCGCCGAAGCCGAAGGGGGCGACAAAAAUCGAGAGCGUAACGGGGCCGACGCCAAAGAAGACCGCAAAGCCGGCAACGACGACCAGGAGGACAGUCUCAAGGCAGAUUCCAGCGAGAGCUUCGACCUUUCAGCAGCGAGCGGAGAAAACAUUGACAGUGGAUCGCGAAACGUAAAAGAGAAUACCACUCACAAGGUCACCGAAGCCGUCGAACAGUCCGAACGAACCGAAGGCGGAGCCACCGGAGAUCAAGCUCGGUCGACCAGAAUAUUCCAGAAGACCGUGAAACGCACCGAAUCCACUCGAACCGUGCGGAGGACGCGUUCUUUCUUGCCGUACACGAAGUGGAUCAGGGGCGAGACGCGCCAGCGAGCUCGACAGGAGACGCGGGACGAAGACGACGUCACGGAGCCCGUUAAAGAGACCUUUGUGGCCCCCCAGCAAGCCUUUCCCGCGAUGUCGAUUCCUCGGAAGGGCCUCUGUCCGAUGCCCGAGUCUUCUCCUGGCAACGUAUGCAGCGUAGCUGUCCAGGCGUUUCCGAGUGUCGUCGACCAAGGGGUACAGGUCGAGUUUGACGAGCCGGAUUGCAUCACCAGGCUCGUAGAGCUUCAAAUUGCCAUGAACGAGCAAGAGGAGGUCCGUCGUCAGGACAUGAAGGCUGCCUGCGAACUGGUCGAAAAACUAGAAGCGAUGCAGCUCUCCGAGUCGCUCAUGAGGACCCAGCUUCGUGCCAUGGACGCCGAGCGGCGGGAGCAGAGCGCACGCGAGGCCCGCCUUCGGGACGAGCUGACCGCGUGGCAGGAGACGGUGCAGCAGCAACAGCUCCUGCUGCAGCAACUCAAGGAGGACCUGGACGACACCGAGGACACGCUGGCCGCUCAGAGGCAGGAGGCCAACAGGCUGCGGGAGCAGAUGCUCGUGCUCCAGGAGAGCUGCGACAGCGGCCUCCUCGUGGUUGACGUCCUGGGGAGGGCUGACAAGGAGGUCCAGACGCCUGACGGCGGCCAGCAAUCUCUGUCCAGCUCCUCUCCUUACAAAGGAAUCAGGCUGGACAACUCGUCACCGGUGUACCUGGACCAGCUGAGCCAGCACCGGCGACUGUCGGCGCUGGUGAGCUCGCAGCUGGAGGCCACCGCCAACAGGAUCGCCCAGCUGCGGAGGGAGGCCGCCACCAACCGACCCAGGGGCUCGACGAUCGACGAUUACGUCCAAGACUUGGCUGUAGGCACCCCCAACGUCCUCAUUCGACACCCCGACGCGCCACCGUCUGAAAGCGCUAGCGGAACGUAACGCGCGUUACAACUUUAGGGGCCGCACUCUAGAGCUGCGGUCAUUUGAAGAUUCCGUAACGGAAAACUUAUGUACAGCGCGGCUAGACACAUCGAAUUGAGCGAGAGAUACUGAAAAGUUACCAUCGUACAGCGGUGCAUGAUGAGCUUUGUUUCUUUUUUUUUUGUUAGUGGCAACCGAAAGUAUGAAUGGGCGAUAAAAAAACGAGAGUUUGACUUGAGGGCGCUAAACAUUAUUCGUGGCAGAUGCCGAUGUCACAAAGCGUUAAUGUAAUCGGCUAUGGCCCGAAGUGAUGUGUCCCGGCAACAGACGCGAUAGAGCGAUUGUUUCGCAGGUUAAGAGAUGGUGUUUUGAGGUAACUGGUAACACAGAUCUGAAUGCGUGCAAAAGAUGGCUUUUCGGAAAGGAGUGACAUUUAUACAUGGAAAAAUGAGGCUGUGAACAGAAAUGAAAACGCCUUUUUUAUUCAAAUGUUCCUUGUGGACAGGACUCAACGGUAUAUGAUAUGGCUAGCGAACCUGAAGCAUUCGGUGAGGCCCCUCUUGAGCUAGCUCUGCGGUAUAUUAACACUCGAGGUAAUAAACAGUUUAUCGAGAUUACAUACUGCACGUAAGUGUUUUAAGCGUCCCCAUGGGCGUAUAAGCAAGUUAACUGAUUGCGCAGGGUCGACACAACAGUAGCACGAACCUUGGAGCACCAAUCCGGUCCUCAGCUGUUCAGUCACGCCGCUUUCAAAUGAGCUAACACAAGAGACUGCGUGAUGAUGCCAAAUGACUUUUAUCUGCCGAGGGAGCCUUGGGCAUCCGUCCUCGUCAUGGAAUAGUUAAGUUGGGUUUAACGCAGCAAAUGCGACAAAGGCUAUGCUACGCCAACCGUGGCCCUCCUAAAGCAGUUUCCUUCCACCUGUGAAUUGUAGCCGGUAAUGUGAAUCCGAUGCCAUAAGAAGUCCGGCUGUCAUACAGGGCGCUUUCAGUUCCUACAGAGGGGAUUUAUCUUUUCGCGUAAUUUAUUACCUGUCGCGCAAAUGUGCCAGGCCUGGCGUUAUCUUUACGACCGUUAAGCGUAUAUCGGUUCUCACGCCGGCGUAAACAGUGUGUUUCUCUCUCGAAUGUGAAUAUCUAAAUAUAAUCACUUACUUGUACAACGUGGUGCAGUUCUAGUUAGUGACGAGAACCGUGGGAACCGCUGUGAUGAACCUUAUCACGAGCCAUAGCAAUGAACUAAUCUUAUAGCCUAUAUUUUUAUUGAUGUGAAUUUACGCGAUGGACAACGAGGUAUCAAUCUUUAUUUGUUCGAUUGACAGUUAUUAGAAAGAAUGUGGCUUUCACCGUCAUCAGAUGCCUGCAGGAGUUGAUCGGCUUAAAUAAAUGAGCUGUUUUUACUUGGU